UAAUUUUUUUGCUUAUGCUUUUUUUUUCAGAUAUUAAACCAGGCAUCAUAUUGCCGUGAAUAUGACUAGCUUGAACGGCGAUGUUUUUGUAAUGCGGAAUGGUCGCUCCACAAGUCAGGUAUCCAUCUAUAACUAUCCCGAACACCUAAAUCCAUUCUAUGAGGAUGAGCAACACAAGCGCUUGCGGUUUUGGAAGAUAAAUAAAUCGAAUGGCAGCGGAAGUCGUCGAAAUAGUUUUUCACUGAGUGGUCUCAAAGAUGUGUGGGCUUUUAAGUCAUUUCGUCUCAAAAAGAAGUCUUCCACACUGGGCAUAAACAAAACAUCUGAAAGUCCACCAGCACUACGACGUGACCUCUACAGUUCGGAGAAUGGAAAUGAUCUCAGUCUGCCGGAUUACAAAACUCGUUAUUCGACACCAGCAGGUAGCAUUGAUAAUUUCCAGCGAAAUGCGGGCUACAGAAGUUCACUACAGAAUGUGGCUCAUGCAAAGAAUAAUACCGGCUCACAAUUGGAUUUCAAUCGGAAUAAUCAGUAUCGAAGUACCAUACAGGUGAUGGGCACAAAAUCCAAAACCAACUACAACAAUAACAAUACGAGUUUACGCACAACACCGGUGCCACAACCAAGAAGGUAUGUGUACGGUGGAUCUGUGACGCCACAGCCACUGCGUAAUUCUAAUAUCGGGUCAGGCGUUGUUAGUCUAUCAAAUGGAUCAUCGCAAAUUAGUAUGGCAAGCACAAAUCCAUUUGAUACCGACGAUGAUGAGGAAGAAAAUAAUGAAGAUGUUUCGCUGGCUGGUGAUAGACAGAUGAUAACUUCGACACCCAUAAAGCAACAACGAAUGCACCGCAAAAAACGUCGUGCACCAGCACCGCCAGCUGUGGGGGUACACAAAGCGGCACCUUCACCAGAUUCUAGUCUUAAUGGAUCAUUGCAUCCACAACCACUUCCGGAACUGCGGAUCGAAGAAUGCAUGGACAUUGCAAAUCUAACGGCAGCUAUUGAAGAUUUUGUAAAAACAACAAAUGAUGACGAACCUAUAUCACCCCCUUCUAGAGACAAGCAGGCGGCACAGGAAGUUGUUUCUACCAGCACGACGUCUACGUCACAAAAUGGGGACAUUAGGUCGGUUCACAACAGUACGCCACAGAGUCCAAGCCUAAAGGCAGAAGAAACAAAAGACGUCAGUGUCAUAGAAACGAAACAGAAAUCAGACAACAGUGCGCCACCAGAAAAGGAGGAGCUUUCGGAAACGGACAACUCUGAAAUGAAAAUCUCAGCUCCACUUAACAGUAACAAUACACCCGAAGUUGGCCACUUGGAAUGCAUACACGUGCAUAUGGGAAACCAAAGUGCCGCAGCCGCCGCCGUUGCCGCCGAUCGUGUCGAACCCAGUCAGAUGUCAAGUUUCCGCGGCAGUCAAACGCGUUCACCCACACAACAGCAACCGAUUACAACGAAAACUUCAUUCACACUCACCACACCACCCGCAGAACGCCGAGACUCCACAAAAAAGACGAAGAUAACAUUACAAAAUACCGAAACCUUGAAAUUCCCCGAAACAGAGGAUUUAAGGAUCACAGAAGAUGUCACAACGCCAAAGGCUAUAAAAUCGCCAACGACUACAACGAAACCCGCAGUGUCUGCCAAACCACAUGUAGCUGAGUUUCACAAACCAUCCAGGGGAAUCGCAUCCACAAGAACAGACGAACAUAAAGAAAUAGUGGUUAAAGAAAUUAGACAACCGCCAACGAGCCCGGUACCGCCCGUGCGUCACAGCACAAUUGUAAAACAGAGAGAAGGAGCUGUGGUGAAAACAACGGAAACAGAGAGUGAGUCGACGAGAGUACAACAAAUAAAUAAUAGCCAGGUAUUAUCAAACGUAGCAGUACCUAUCACUUCCUCACUCUCGUUGACCAUCACAGAGUCACAUGAAGAUCUGCUUGAGAAAGAUGAGGCGACGAGUCACAUUUCAAGUGACAACAAAGUUGCCAGCGCUACCACAACACCAGCGCAUCGUACUCAAUCACCCACAGAGCUGCGAGAGGAAGCCUUAGAGUCAUUGUAUCGGCCGAAACCAUCCUCUUCAUACCUGGAAUGGAAGCAAUCAUCGCUGGCACCUCUCGAAAAGAAUGUGCCGCCCGAAAAGCGCAAGUCCGUCAAGGACAUCAUCGAGUCCAUCAAUAGAAGUCAACGCUUGUUGCAUGCCUCUGCGCACAAAGAUAUACCAAACGAUGGUACUAGUCCGAACACUGGCGCGGGUAGCGCUAACGGAACACCCUUGCCACAACGAAGACUUAGUGGACAGUCAACGAUCGAAAUGCACUCCACUGAUGCAAAUAGCGCUAACGGAACGCCCUUGCCGAAACGGAAAUUUAGUGGUCAGUCAACGAUUGAAAAGCAGGCAACGAUUGUCCAAAGCAGGACGAAACUCAACGGCAAUGCUACCACGACUGAGAGUAGACAAGAAGAGGAUACACCCACAACUUCGGCGGCGGCGUCGGCAUCAGGCGCAGCUGAAGAUGGUAGUGAAAAUGUGAAUGGUGGUCAAGAUAGUGAACAAGAUCCACAAAAACUCAACAAUAAUGAAAUAUUUAAGAAAUGUACCGUAAAGAAGGAGGUGCAAUACGACUACAGAGAGCAAUCGCCAACAACUUCUAAUCUCGAUUGGAAUCCAGUGCCCAAACCUAAGAGAAAUAAGAAUUUAUCGGAACAAUGAAAUUAAGUUUGAAAGUAACUUACUGUAAUUUUUUAAUAGUCAUUUUACAAUGUGCAAUUUAUGUAAGGAUUUCAUGGAGUACACUUUUUAUGAUAACCUCUUCGUUGUUGGCUGUAGGCUUUCAAAGUGAGAUGUUCUCACAGUUAAGAAAAAUAUUAAAUAUGUAUUAAGGUUAGAUAAGAAGAGGAGUAAAGAAAAUUUAAGUAAACGCAUGUGCCUAAAAAUACGCAAAUGCAUAUGUAUGUACAUUAGGGUGCAUCACUCGCCAUACAAAAAAACUCGGUUAUAUUUUCCCGUCGAAAUUAUAAAAUCUAUUAUGGAUUUGAAAAUACCAUCUUUUUCAGAACCCAUUGCCAGGAGAAGGUUGAUUCCGCGUUCGUAGGUGUAAAUAGUGGAUUUUCCUUUAUCGUAAAUUCAGGAGCAAAAAUUGUAGAAUACAAGAUA